UUUGCCAUUUAUAAAUUCGAUAAAAUAUUGAGCAAGUUAAUGAACGAGCAAAUAUCGCAGUAGCCAUUAUUUUUUCGUCGGGCUGUCGCUCUAAUUUCAUUCCAACAUGGACGUCAUCUGAGCUCCUGUCUACACGUUGUUCAUUUGACCAGUCAGCUAAUACAAAUACUCAAGGCAGUCGCCAGCUUCCACUCACAUAACAACAUUUCCGGCCAAACAAUAUUCCACUUUUCACAACCGAAGAUCCGAAGAUCGCAGAUGCCGCAACAGAUCGCCGGCCAGCCGAAGCAACAAUGAAUCGCAACCGCAUCAACCAGAUGCGGCAAAUGGAUCGGGGUCACGAGGGCCUGCAGCAGGUCAUCCAGAUGCAGGCGACUGGCGCCACUGGAGGGACACACACACAGAACCAGGCUCAAAAUCAGUCCCAGAACGGAGGCCAUUUCCAAUCGCCAUCGGUGCAGACGGUGCGCCGCAAGACGACCUACACCCGAACCGAGAUGCUGUCACGCGGACCAUCGACUGGUCAAAACCCCCGACGCUCUGCCCCGCCAGCUGGACAGGAUUGGUCCCUGCCGGUCAACCAGUUGUCGCCGAAACAGCGCUAUCCACAACCACCGAAGGUGGUUCCACCCACCACUCCACUGGCUCAGAGCACCAACGUCCCGAAUCCGAGCAGUACGCCGCGAAGGCAGCGCAGCUUUCUGCCGCGAGUGGCCAGGCUGCCGGCCAAGUCGCCCAAUCGGAACCCGAAUCGCUUGAGGCUCCCGGAGGCCGAAGGCAAGUUGGAGCAGUCGCAGAUCACACUGGGCAGCCUGAAGAGCGGCCACUUCAUGAACUCGCCGCUCGACAGCAAGAGCAGCAGUCCGGUGCGAAGAACCGGGGGAGCAAAUGGACCGGUUCCAGGUGUUCCAGAUGAGUUCCUGAGUGCAAGCAGCAGCUCCUCGGAGCGCCACAAGAUCAAGCUGGCCAAGGCCAUCCGUUUGCCGGACGACCAGAACAAGAGCUUCGUCUACCUGUGCAAGCCGGUGAAGAAGGUCAAGGAUCUGCUGACCGUCCGGCGACUACGCAACAGUUGCGAGCACCUCAACCAUCCGCUGGAGGAGGAUCUAUCGCUGCUGGAGGACUCGCUGAAGCUGCAGAGAACCGCCUCCGCGGAGGCUCUGCGCAGCGGGGGCUUCAAGCUGCUGCCGCUGGAGGCGGUGACCCAGUCGUCGAGCACCAGCACCUCGAGCCAACUGGACAGCCCCACGCUGGAGGCGCUGCAGCUGCGCCAGCAGCAGCUGGAGGCCCGCUCGGCGGUCAGCCAGGAGCGUCUGCGCUCCGAGCUGCGGGAGGUGCGGCUGAGGCAGCGCCACCUGCGCCAGCUGGAGCAGGACCAGCGGCAGCGGGAGCAGCGCCAGCUGGACCUGGACGAGGUGUGCCAGAAUCUGCCGACGUUGCAGCACGAGAUCCGGAUGCUCCAGCAGCUGGGCGAGAAGCUGGAGGCCACCUUGCGGGCCUCGAACAUCCCGAAACCGUUGGCGCCGGCGAAACGGAGGAGCUACCAAAUCGUUGAGGAUGUGAAUAGGCAGUCCUCCUCCUGCCAGUUCUACACGCCGCGCUCGAGUCCCUUCCAGCCGGAGGAGCUGCCCAUCACCAAGUUGGGUUGCCUGCGCAUCGAACAGACGCCGCUGGUGCAGCAGCGGGUGCAGAUCGUGGCCCGGGCCUAUCACUUUGGCCUGGUGCAGGAGUUCCGCAUCGAGACGAAGACCCUGACCGAAAUGAAGAAGGCCGACGACCUGCAGUGCUUCUACCUGCCAGCUCCGCGGGAGGAGCCGCCCCUGCGGGAGCUGGAAACGAUGGAAACGGUGCCGCUGCAGCGCACCAACUUCCGCAAGCUGCGGGAGAACCCGAACGUGCUGCUCCAGCAGCUCAGGCCCCUCCUGGCGGGCGCUGGCAAGCCCUUCAAUCUCCUCGACCAGGAUCAGAUGUUCUUCAAUAGUCUCGCCUACACGGAUGCAAAGACUGCCGGCGGGAGCGCCCUCGAGGGAUUCGAAUUGGCCACGCGGGAGUCGGGCGGCGGCGGUGGUGGGACUACCUUGGCCAAUUACGGCGGUGCCAUUGCCUACUCACGGCUAUCGGUGGGCGUGGCCGCCGGCGAUCAGCUGGCCAGAGCGCCACGAAGUCUGAGCCAAGUGCACAAUACCACGCAAACGGAACUCGAGUCGCCGCGAAAGAGGAAGGGCAAUCCGGGCAAUCCGAAGACGGAACCGAAAGGGGAACCGGAACCGGAAGCAGAAACGGAAACGGAGCUCGACUCGCCCGAUUUCACACCCAAUCCGAGUCCCAGAUUGGCCAAGAGAAAGAAGUCGGAGGAGGUGAAACUCAAGCUGCGACGUCAAGAGUUCGAGGAGCUCUUCCCGAAGAAGACGAGGGUCGUCAUACGGCGAGUGGCGCCGGAACCGCCCAUUCAAAUUCGCGUUGAGCCCAAGGUCCGGAUGCAGUUGCUCAAAACCGUGCUGGUCGGAACGGUCCAGGUUGCUGUUAUUCUAGUUCUAAUCAUGGCUUUUACCUAUCCCGAUGUCAGUUGCUAAAGCAACCCCACACAGAAACACACACACACGACACAACAGCAUCCAUCUCCCAGCUCUUCUUCCAAAAUUGUGCAAUAUUUCGAUCAGUGAAGUUAGAACGUUGGACUUAAGUAACACCUAAUGGGCAGAGAGGAUGUACAGUCAAUCCACAGAAAUCGAAAACCGAAAACCGAUUCGGUGUUCGAGUUCACACUUAGAUUUUCGAAUUUUUUGUUCUUUUACUGCGCCUCAGUGGUGGCAAGUCGAUCAAUGUUAAUAAAAUUUCAUGUGCAAUGUGAAACAUA